AUGACAACUGUAAAAUUGAUGAUGGACCGACCAACACACGAGUCCCUUGAACACCACGACCACCCAAACUAUCUCCCCACCCCCGUCACACCACUCGAUGAUUAUCGCGAGACAAAGACUGAAGGUGGACUCUAUGGAACAUUCGCUGUCCAAACAGACUCAAGAAACACAACCGAUAAGCAGUUCUCCUGCCACGAAUGUAACCAGACGUUUAGCCGGCCACACAAUCUAAAGUCCCACUUAACAACCCAUUCCUCCGAACGCCCUUUCCAGUGUGAUGUGUGCAAACAUUUAUUCAGACGCCACCACGAUUUGAAAAGACACCAAAAGCUACACACGGGUGAAAGACCUCACGUUUGUAAAGCCUGCUUUCGAUCUUUUGCCCGCCUGGACGCAUUGAAUCGCCAUCGCCGAGCGGAAGGAGGAACAGCGUGUAGUGCUGUGCAUCAACAGAGACCUAGUGAGUCUAGUGACGACAACAACAGCAGCCGCAGCGCCACGCCUUCUUCUCCGCCGCGUGGCCCGCAACCAUCGCAACACACCACUAAUGUUAAUAACAAUAUAUUUCCAAAUGUGUCUGACCCACCUUCCUUGCGUGCCCCAUCACCCCCUUCACUGCUGCCCUCGCCAAGUGCACUUUCUUCCUUACCAGUAUCGGAAAGUGCCGAUUUGAUGCCAAUCUACAAUCAUCCUUCACCCCCUUCUCCGACUCCACACCCACCAGCCCUUCCUUUUCAAUCAUCUUCCUGGUUUGGAAACACCGCCGCCUCUCCCAAUGAGAGCCGCGUCUUACCACCGCUCCAGUCCACUGACCCCAUCUGGACUCGUCUCUACCAGGAAAACAUCUCCCUCAAAGCAACCCUUUCUAGUCUACGUCUCUCGGAAGCAGACAAACUUAAAUCUCGUCUUCACGACCUCGAAGUAGAAAACAAAGUCUUGCGUUCGCUCAUCAGUGAAAACGCCACAGAUUCACCGCUCAAGAAACCUCGUAACCACUAAGCCCCUCUUUCAAACCCCUCUCUUUGUGAGCACUCCCUCUCCUCCCUACACGUCUACACGUCUACACGUCUACACUCCCUCCUCUUACUCUUACUCUAUACUUCCCCUACUCUCUCCUUUUGACUCUCUUUCUGCCUUGCUUAUUAUUUGGCUUACUUUCUCAAACCUCCAAAACCUUUUUUAUAUAUAUAUUGUUUUACUAUUAUUUUGUGCAAACAAUAUCUAUUUCUCCGUCUUUCUUAGCCCUUUUUUUUAUGCCUCUAAUUCUCUUACAUCCUUCUUUUCACCUCCCCAUUUUUUUUUACAAUUACAAUUAUAAUUGUCUUCUUCUUACCUCACUUAUAUAUACAUCAUCCUUGCACCUUUUUUUGUCCCCUUUGUUUGUAAAUAUUCUUUUCAUUAAAAAAAAAG